UUCAUGUCUUCGCUUUCUUCCUAUUCGUUUCGUUGUGACUGGCCCUUAGCUGAAAUCGAAAGAGCGAAAGUUUGUUUAGAGAUAUUGGUACUUGAGUUGAAAUAAAACGAAAAGACAAACUAUCAAGAGUGAAAAUGGCGGAUGAGUCUUCUGCUGCUGAUAGAGAGGAGGAGGUCGAAGCAAUGGGAGAUACAACGGAUGCAAAGCCGGACAGAAAAGGAAAGUUCUCUCUGUUUGGAAAUAAGAAGAAAAAGAAUGUCCAGGGCCCGGAGCAGGACCUCUCUACUGAAAGUCGUAACAGCGUUGUUUCACCGACCUUCCAGUAUAAGACGAACUACAAGAGGCUUGGAAAGUGUGUCAUUAUCAACAACAAAAACUUUCAGGAGAAAACAGGCAUGAAAGUACGGACUGGGACAGACAAGGAUGCUGGAGAACUGAAUAAGUGUUUUAAAACCUUGGGCUUUGAAGUUUGUAGUUACAACGACCAGACAUGUCAAGACAUGGAGAAGCUGCUCAGAGAUGCCUCGGAGGAAGACCACAGUGAGUGUUCAUGCUUUGCCUGCAUCCUUUUAAGCCACGGUAAGGAAGGCAUGAUCUAUGGCACGGAUGGAGCAAUGCCAAUCAAGACUUUGACCUCUCUGUUCAGAGGAGACAUGUGCAAGAGUCUUCUGGGCAAACCCAAACUCUUCUUCAUUCAGGCAUGCAGGGGCUCUGAAUUUGAUAAUGGGAUUCAGACUGAUUCCGGACCUCCAAAUGAAUCCUUGGAAACAGAUGCCAACCCUCAGCACAAAAUUCCAGUUGAAGCCGACUUUCUUUUUGCAUAUUCCACAGUGCCAGGCUACUACUUCUGGAGGAACCCGGGACAGGGCUCCUGGUUUGUCCAGGCCCUGUGCAAUGUCUUGAGUGAAUACGGGAACCAGCUGGAGAUCCUGCAGAUUCUAACCAGAGUCAACUACACGGUGGCUACCAGCUUCGAAUCGUGGUCUAAAGACCCUCGCUUCGGUGAGAAGAAGCAGAUACCCUGUGUGGUGUCCAUGCUCACGAAAGAACUCUACUUUAGCUAAUGUUGAAGUUGACCAUUAGUUGGUCGCACAUUCAGGUAGAUUAUAAUACAGCUCAGCUUCUUCAGUGGCACGUAACGUGCAAAACAGUCUACUUGUCUGUAAAGGUUGCCCUUGAAACUGGUCACAUUGACCUUUGCAGACAGGUAGUGUUUAAUGUCCAUGUUAUUCUACAGUAAAUGUAUAAUGUUUGAUACUGGGGAACAACAAUGUUAUACCACUGCUAUGGCCCUAUAUUAUCAUGUACAGAUACAUAUUACUUCCAGGUACCUGCAAUCAUUUCUGAUUUUGCAUCAAGCCUAUAUUAUCAUUUCUGAUUGAAAAUCAAGCCUAUACAAUCAUUUCUGAUUGAAAAUCAAGCCUAUAUUAUCAUUUCUGAUUGAAAAUCAAGCCUAUAUCAUCAUUUCUGAUUGAAAAUCGAGCCUAUACAAUCAUUUUUGAUUGAAAUCAAGCCUAUGUCAUCAUUUCUGAUUGAAAUCAAGCCUAUACAAUCAUCUCUCAUUGAAAAUCAAGCCUAUAUCAACAUUUCUGAUUGAAAUCAAGCCUAUACCAUAAUUUCCCAGCUAAAUUGCACAAUAUUCAGUCUUAACCCGUAACAUUUUCUUCUGUUUUCAGUCACGAUCAGACUUUGAAGGUUGAACUGUUUAAUUUUUAAAUGGUAUUUGUUUUAAAUUUGUACCGGUUUAAAAAAUAAUCUGUAUAUUCAAUAAAGUAACGUCACAAAUAAAACCAUUUGAAUUUGA